AUGGCAACUCUUAUUGAAAAAAUUAAAAAAGACAAAGAUAUUGCACUUAAAGAAUAUAGGAAGAUGAAAGACAAGUUAAAAGAAUUUAAAGAUGGGGAGGAUGAUAGAAUGUUACUAAAAACAUUGAGAAGGAAGAAAAAAAAGCUUAACAAAGAAGAUAAAAAGGUGAAAGAAAGACUGAAGAAAAAAGAAAAAGAGUUAAUGAAGAAAGAUGAAAUAUAUAGUUUACAUAUAAUUAUUAUAGAAUAUAUUAAUGGUAGCAUACUUUUCAAUGCUACUGGCAAAUUAGCAAAAGAUGAAAAUAUUACAGGAAAUUCACAAUGCUUUGCAGAAAUUACAUGA